CCGUAGACGCGGUGGAGCCUGGGUAGAACAGUGAAAGCGGCGGGAGAGCGACAUAAUCGUCCCCAAAUUGAAUAACAGCUAGUUAUACUGCACAAUAAAGCAAGUAGUGUGCAUUUGCUCGUUUAAAUUAAGCUUAAGUUUAGUAAAAACCAAAGGUGCAGAUACUACUGUUGACUCUGUUGACGGCUUAUAUUGAUGUAGUGUUGCUUUUAAAGCAUUCCCCGGGAAUCUGGUUUGAACGUUUGUUUUUGGUUAGCCCGUUUUUAGCGCUUCAGCAACAAUGGCGAAGGUACAGGUGUUAAAUGUGGCUGUCCUAGAUAACCCGAGUCCCUUUGGAAACCCCUUUCAGUUUGAAAUAACUUUUGAGUGUAUGGAGGACCUUCCCGAAGACCUGGAAUGGAAGAUCAUCUAUGUUGGCUCAGCAGAGAGUGAAGAGUAUGACCAAGUCCUCGACUCCGUCUUGGUCGGCCCUGUACCUGCUGGGAGACAUAUGUUUGUGUUUCAGGCUGAUGCCCCAAACACUGGAUUGAUUCCUGAAAGUGAUGCUGUUGGUGUUACUGUAGUGCUGAUUACGUGCACAUACCGUGGCCAGGAGUUCAUUCGCAUUGGUUAUUAUGUGAACAAUGAAUACACAGAACCCGAGCUUCGUGAAAAUCCACCGAUCAAGCCAAACUACACACAGCUCCAGAGAAAUAUUCUGGCAUCAAACCCACGUGUGACCAGAUUCCAUAUAAACUGGGAGGGCUGUGCAGAGCGAAUGGAGGACUGUGAAAAUGUGGAUCCCACAUCAAACUCCAUGCUCCCUCCAUCAUGUCUCCCAGGCAAGGCCCCCCCCUUAGGGAUACUACCAGAUAACUCUAUGGACUGCUUAUAGAGACAACACCGACCCCAAAGGUGAUAAUUCGCAGCACGAGACCUUUUGAAGAAUGCCUGUGAACAUUCGUGUGUGGAUGUACAGACAUCUUUGCCUUACAGCUGUCCUUAUUUACCUGAACUCUCAUCUUGGGCUUCGGAUGAGUGUUUGUUCCAAGAAGGAUUAUGAACAUCUCACUGGUAUAAUCAUCACUUAUAGAUGUGGAGUUCCUUGACAUGAUGUUGAAAGUAUUAUCCAAGUAGUUUAACUCAUGGAAGGGAAUAAGGUAACUAUGAAAUGAUGCAGCUGAACUGAAAGAGCCCAGAAAGCUGAUGUGUGAUUCACAGUCCUUCCUUAUGUUGGUGCAGAACUAAGUUGUACUCAUUUUAGAGGAUGUCAGCACCGAAGCAAUAGGCAAAUAAAUUGCAAUGUUGUUGCUGUACAGGAAUUUGAUAAUCUACCAUUAUAUUCGUGUUCAAAUUUAUUUUGCACUUAAACCUUUUCCCACUUAGAUUGUGGAGUUUCAGAUGGGCUACAUCACUUUCUCUCUGUUCUUUUUUUUGUUUGCAACUUUGUGUUCUAAAUAAAAAAAAAUUGUAUUUGUUA